AUGGAGAGCUACUCUGAGAAGGAGGGGCAGUGUCUGCCGUGGGGUUCAGUGACCCAGCUAAAACCAACCGAGCGACUCUCGGCCACAAACUUGGAAGCCCCUCUUACCAAUUUUUUUGCCUUAAAAAAGGGCCGGGGCCUGGAGGCCGUGCUCUGUUUGGCAUCUGCUCCCGGCUUCGGUGCAGAGCGGAGUCUUAACCUCUCCAUCGUCUCUUCCGUUUUGCAGCAUCCGUGGUUUAGCUUCCGCAAACUCUGGGCCUUCACCGGGCCCGGCUUUCUCAUGAGCAUCGCCUACCUGGACCCAGGCAACAUCGAGUCGGAUUUACAGUCAGGCGCCGUCGCCGGGUUUAAGCUGCUCUGGGUCCUGCUGCUGGCCACGGUCAUCGGUCUCCUCCUGCAGCGUCUGGCAGCCAGGCUGGGGGUGGUCACAGGGCUGCACCUGGCAGAAGUCUGCAACCGGCAGUAUCAAAAGGUCCCUCGGAUUAUGUUGUGGCUGAUGAUUGAACUCGCUAUCAUUGGGUCGGACAUGCAAGAAGUAAUUGGCUCGGCAAUCGCUAUUAACCUCUUGUCUGCUGGGAAAGUCCCUUUGUGGGGUGGAGUGCUCAUCACCAUUGCUGACACGUUCAUGUUCCUGUUCCUGGACAAGUACGGCUUGCGGAAACUGGAAGCGUUUUUUGGCUUUCUUAUUACCAUCAUGGCCAUUACCUUUGGAUACGAGUAUGUUACAGUAAAGCCAGACCAGGGAAAGCUGCUGACGGGGAUGUUCCUGCCCUACUGUGAAAACUGCGGCACCCCCCAGCUAGAACAAGCGGUGGGGAUCGUGGGAGCGGUCAUCAUGCCACACAACAUGUACCUGCAUUCUGCUUUAGUCAAGUCGAGGCAGGUGAAUCGUGCCAACAAGAAGGAGGUGCAAGAAGCCAAUAAGUAUUUCUUCAUCGAGUCCUGCAUUGCCCUCUUCAUCUCUUUCCUCAUUAACGUCUUCGUCGUCUCCGUCUUCGCCGAAGCCUUUUUUGGGCAGACGAAUGCAAAUGUGAGCCAAGCCUGCGCUAACAGCAGCAGCCCCCAUGCCGGACUCUUCCCCCAAAACAACCAAAGCCUGGAAGUGGACAUCUACAAAGGGGGUGUUGUGCUGGGCUGUUACUUUGGCCCUGCCGCUCUGUACAUCUGGGCAGUUGGCAUCCUGGCUGCAGGUCAGAGCUCGACGAUGACUGGGACCUACUCGGGGCAGUUUGUCAUGGAGGGAUUCCUCAACCUGAAGUGGUCGCGGUUUGCACGAGUGAUUUUGACCCGCUCCAUUGCCAUCACGCCAACCCUGCUGGUGGCCAUUUUCCAAGAUGUGGAACACCUGACCGGGAUGAAUGACUUCCUGAACGUUCUUCAGAGCUUACAGCUUCCCUUUGCUUUAAUCCCAGUCCUCACGUUCACCAGCCUGCAUCCUGUGAUGAAAGACUUUGCUAAUGGGCUAGGCUGGAAGAUCGCUGGCAGCGUGCUCAUUCUCAUUGUCUGCUGCAUUAACAUGUAUUUUGUGGUGGUCUACGUCACUGCGCUGGGACACCUGGCCUUAUACGUGGUGGCAGCCAUUCUCUCCGUUGUCUACCUGUGCUUUGUUGCCUACUUGACCUGGCUGUGUCUGAUUGCUCUUGGGAUCUCCUUCCUGGCCUGUGGGCAAACGUAUCAGCUGGGACUCACUACUCACCCUGAACUCUUCCUUCUGAACAAUGUUGAUGCAGACUCAGUUGUGAAUAGAUGAUUCCCUGAACUGCAGUAGUCAGAGCAAAAGCAAUUGGGAUGCCCCUCUGUGCUGCAGACAAGGAUUUUCCUUACUCUUGGUUAGUUCAGAAAUGGGUGUGGUCUAAGGAUCAUGAAUGUCACAAAGAUUUCCUCCGCGGAGCACACAGGAUAACACUCACAGCUGCAGAGGAGUGUCGGAUGGAUCCACAGAUACUUGAGGUUCUCGCAGGACCAGUGAAGAGCCAGAGUCAAACUAGUGCAUACAACCUCACACCCUAUGGGUUUGUCUUCCCUUUAGGUACUCAAAAUAUUUUCUCUUGUCCUUUUUCUAACUGUAAAUUAUUUGGGUAGUAAAUUAUAGGUAUUUGAAUGU